CCAAAUCAACCGCGAAAUGGAAUAAGGAGAAUGAAAGACUUUUGUGGAUGCUCCAAAAUAACAAAAUGCAAAAAUUGAACCGAUUGAAAAAUUAGCAAAUUUGCAUAACUACAAACAUUGAGUGUCAAAUAAUCUGCAUUUUAUUAAAAAUAAAUAGUUUUGUURAAAAAUAAAGUUGGAGAAGAAAGUGUUCAGUAAGUUACAAAGUGUGUAAAAUUUUAGUCACGUCGUCGGCCUGGAGCUGCAUGCAGCAGAUAUGUAAAAAGUAUUCGCGGUAGCAGAAGCCUAAGCAGCGCCUGAAGCAGCAGCACAGUGUAGUAUUGUAUAUUGUAUGUGAUAUGUGGAGUAGUGUUGAUUGAAGCAAGGGAACAAAUAGGAGAGAGAAGGUGGUGCGUUUACUUGAGCAAUGAAAAGUCACGUUGCCAGGUUUAUUAAUGUUGCUCACCAUAUUUUGGAAACUUUAUAACUUUACAAAUCUCAGUUGAAAUAAAAUAAUAAUUCGGUGGAAAUGUCUGAAAUGAAGAGAGUUUCAUUUACAACUGUAAGUAGUACAACAUCGGUAUCCAACUUCGGAGCUGGUGGGAGCGCUGCUACCGGUGUUAUAGGAACAAUAAGCGGCGGUACUUUAUCAACGACUACUUCUCGUUUCGGUGUUGAUUUUCUCUCUGGUCAACCAAAUCAAGAUGGGAUAAGCACCACGGAUGCGAUCCCUGAUCGCAAAAAUAAUAAAUCUAUGCGGCUUACAAUAGAAUUGUUUCCCACAGAUUCUUGCAAGUAUCCCGAAUUCAAUUAUUCCAGACUAUUGCAUUUGGAAAAGAAAAAGCAGAAAAAAUUGAAACAAAAAACAAAUGGUUUCACUGAUCCGUUCAAUGACAAUGACGAUGAUGUUGCUAGAAUUGCGCGGGAAUUAGAAAAGAAAUACGGUAGUGCGUACAGUAGCGGCCGCGGUCGUAGCAAAAAAGAUGACCUCUGCGAUAUUGGCUUAGGAUACGAUGAAUCUGAUUCUUUUAUAGAUAACACAGAAGCAUACGAUGAAAUUAUUCCAGAAGAAAUGGAAACAAUUGAAGGUGGCUUCUACAUAAAUUGUGGCCCUUUGGAAUUCCAAAAACUUCACACUGAAUCGACGACUACGAAAACGGAUGAAAUUAUAAAAAUGCCUAAUCGACCGAGAAAGCGCGUUAUAUCCUCAUCUUCUUCGGAUAGCUCGUCCAGCAGCGAUGAAGAUGCUGAAGAAGAUGCCGAUUCAGAUGGUGAAGUAUCCAGUGCUGACACAGUAAAGGGCAACAAAAAUGGUAGUGCCAUAUCACAUCCUGAUGAAAAACGUCCCCGCGCCAAUUCAAAUACUAAUCCGACAAAAAAACCAAAGACCAGCCCGGAGUGUAAUACUAAGAAGGGGAAAAAUGUSAAAAAUUCUGUAAUCGGUAGUUCGUCUACGUCGAAUUCACCCAAACCAUCGUCGGUGGGUUCUGAUUCCGAAAAAGAGCGCGGCCGGCAAAAAGUUGUAAAGACAACAACAAUCAAGGACAUGCUCAAAGCAAAACGUGACAAUUUCCUUAAAAUGCAAGAAGGCGGAAAUGGUAACCGACAAAGCGGCAACUCUGAAGCAAAAGCAAUUAACGGCGAACUAAAAGGAACUGCUAGUAAGUCAUCCGAUGAAGACGAUUCUUCAACAAGUGGUGAAUCGGACGAAUCCAGUGAUGACAGUGACUCCCACGAUAGUGAACCACAAGAGAAGAAAGUGAAAAAUAGCAUUGGAGAAAGCACAGAAAAGUUGCGCACUAGCGAUACUAAGCUUCCAGACAUCGAAGCUGAAAUAAUUGCGGAUGUUCAACAGUUUAAGGAAAUCGUAAAAAUGAAGAAUAUGACUGGUAAACGUUUCCAGUUUGACGAUUCGCUAGUCGAAGUCUUUUUAAAAAUCGAUGAGGCACUGUUAUGUAUCGAAAAGAAUCAUAGAAACAUGGUUUUUGCACACUUGGAGUAUCAUCUCGUUCUGCCUAAAUACUUCUUCUUGCGUAAAGCGAAACAGCUGCGUAUUAAGGAAGAAAAAAUGAAGAGCAAAAGAGCACUUUGUAAGUUACGUAAGGCCAUCAUUGAAGCAAUGCCCGGCGUUAUUGCAAAUUUCGAAGCAGAAAUACGAAAACAAGCUGAAAUCGCCAUUAAUAUGAAUGCUGAGCAUCCACCAAAAUUGCCAAAAAAGAAAUUCCCAUGGAAUACCAAUUUACGAAACUUACUCUACGACGUAUAUCAAGUACGUUGGACUUCAUAUCCAGUGCUAGGCACACGAAAGGAGACUCUUGAGGAUUUCAUCAAUGUAUUUUUCCGUGAAAAGGUCGUGGAACUGUGGCCAAAGGAUUGGAUGCGUCUCGAAGAACUCCAACGAGAGAUUGAAAAACGCAAAACGGCAGCUAAAAAGGCAAAAGAGAAAAAGAAAGAAAAAGACAACGGUAGCAAUUCCAAUUCGGGAAGCUCCACAGUGGCAAAUAUCACCGCUGGUUCGGGUGCUCCCAGCGGUGGUACACAAAAUGCGCCAGCUACUAACGCAUAUAUGAAACAGUUUGAGGAAUUCGCUACAGGCAGCCGUAGCUCAUUCGCGAACUCCGACACUGAAUCUGUAGCAAGUAGUAGCGCCUCGAAUAGUCUAAAACGCAAGAAUGGUGGAAAAGGUGCUACCAAGGCAGCAAAAGCGCAAACACAAAGUAAUAUAUCCAGUACCAGCAGCACCUAUGAUAACAACAAAAAACCACAAUUGCCACAGCAGCCACCCUCCUUYAAUCCUGCUACAACAAAUUUAGAAUUUGGUAUGCAAAACGUUUUGAACAGCAAUACCGCCAUCACCUCAGCUAAAGCAACUAGCGCCAUUCUACCGCCGUUACCGAUCCCAACCAGCGUCAAUCCAUCGACAACUAUGUCAUCUCAAUCUAAACAUUCCAAAUCUGGGGAGACCAACGUACAAGUCAUAGAUUUAGAUAACUACCGUUGUCCCAGCGAUAUAUUGUUGACUUCACAACAUAUAUUGCGGCCGGGCAAUAGUAACACCACAACAACGGCAAUGCCCAACACAAAAACUGCCUUAGUGCUAAAUGCACCAAAUCGACGGGAGAGCAGUAGUGAAUCAGAUGGCGUGGAGAUCGUUAGUAUCUACCCCGCUACCGUUAGGGCACAGGUGGCCCCGUCACAAAAACAGCGAUACAAGAAAAAUGCAGCUUCAAACUACUCAGUGGACAACAUGAAAGUGAAUGUAUUCCAAUCUGGUUCGUCCACCAUAACAAACAAUAAUAAUAAUAGUAACACGAACAACAAUAAUAGUCAAGUCAUCAAGAGUAAACAAAUAGAGUCGUUGGGCGGAGUUUCAAAUUUUGAAAAGCAAGCUGUUCGAACAUUUAAGGAUCUCGGGGAUUUGCAAAAACAAAAGACUAAUCUAACAUCAUCACAAAAUGGGUCGAAAAAAGAUCACUGCGCUCAAUGACCCGCAGUAGUAUUUGAUGUGGCCGAUUUAAGCAAUAUUUCGGCAGCAGCGCUUUCGUGCUUCGCGCAAGCGCAGCCUGUAGCGAGCGAGGGGUUCUUAACGACUAACAAUGUAACUGGUGUGACUAUGGGCAAACACCCAUUUGGCGCUUUGCCACCACUGCCAUUAUUUUUACCAACACAUAUGGAAGUUCCACAACUACCACCACCACCACCGUCGUCUGCCUCGGCAAAUGUGCCAGUAGCGUUGAUACAACCGCCUUUACCGACAACAUCUUCGCCGUCAUCAUCAACGCUACCACCAACAAGCCAACAAUCAACAGAUUCGCAGCAAAUACAGUCGCGAAUUAGAUUUUAGUAUUUACAUAAAUGCAACUAAAGUAGAGUAACAACAUAAAAUACAUACAACUAAACUCUUUUAGACGAAAAAUUGUUUUGCUACCUUUGCAAAAGCGCAUUUGCACAAUACUUACAUAUGUAGGUAAGCUGACGUCAAUUGAGCAGAUGGCGAUAUUAAUUUGGAGCAUGUGUAAUAUUUUGUAAUUGAAAUGGUGACUGUAAUCGGCACGCAUGUAUCUUCAGCCAAUAAAUAUGUAUUCGUUAGGUCUCCUUUUCAAAGGCA